AUGGCUGCAACAAAAGAUGCUAAAGUGGAAAUCUCUCCUAUGGAAUUGAAGUGGGAAUUUGAAGAAGGACAACAGAUCUUCAGAAUUACUAACAAUACAAAGGCACGUUUUGCCAUCAAGGUCAAGUGUACUGAUGUUGAUAUGUACAGUGUCUCACCUGUGACAGAUUUUGUGGAUUCUGGCAAAGUUCUCACGAUUGCUGUCGUACGUGCUAAAGGACCAUUCAAGAAGGAUAGAAUAGUGGUUUGCUCCAAGCAGGUGUCUGCUGAUGAGAAGGAUGCUGCUGAAGCUUUCAAAACCGGAAUUCCAAAUGUAGACGUAAUCAAGAUGGACCAAUUUAUCAGACAAAACCCUUAA